CCGUCCAGAAGGAGAACAGAGUAGGUUGAAAAUGGCCGAUCUCAAGAUGCAGGACGUCUUCGUCACCUUUUUUCUGAUGCUGACAACUGCUCCCUGUCUCCGUGCAUCAGAUGGCUUUGAUGACAGUCAGUUUGUGUACGAUUAUGAGUCCCUGAAGAUGGUGGGGCUGAUCAUUGCCGGUAUUCUGUGUGCGAUGGGAAUUAUCAUACUGCUGAGUGGGAAAUGCCGAUGCAAAUUUAACAAGCAGAACGAGCCGAGGCACCGAGCCCAGGAACAGCAGCUCAUCGCUCCAGGGAGCGCCAGUCGCUGCUGAACAUGAAGUUCAUUCAAAACGUUGUUUUUUUUAUUAUUUUUUUUUAAACUUACUUUAUAACAGUUUGUGCUUCGCAGCCUUUGAUUCCUCCCCCCUCCCCCCAUCCUUGUUAUGUAAACUGUUUUCUGUAACAUUUUUAACUACUAAUUCAAUAAAGUCGGUUUGUUUUCUCACA